CCAUGUAAUACUUCCACCAUGGUACUGCCAGUAAAAACGGAACACAGCCUAUAAUGAACACGACUGUACAUACAAAGUGUAAGCAAGAAGAACAAAGCUAUUGACACAUAGUUGAAGGAAAAACAAAAGAUGAGAAGUAUUGAAAGUUCAAUUACAAAGCACAAGCCUUUUGCUUAAUGUAUUCAGUCUGUUGAAUUAAAAGAAUCAUUUGAUACAUGUUUAUAGUUAUAUACAUAUAUAAGCAGAAAGUACCCAUUUUGUGGUUAUAUUAUUACUAUCUGUUAUUACUUAUAAAUGACAAUGACAUGGUCAAACUAUCAACGUACCUUAGCCCUGCUUCAAAUAGUUACAGGCUCGUUUAAUACUUUAUCAGUUAAAUAUGCAGAUCAACAAGUUGUGCUUGGUGAAGAUGGACAACUUAGAUAUUUCAACCAUCCCUUUAUGCAAUCAUCAUUUAUGUUUUUUGGAGAGGCUCUUUGUUUUGUAGCAUUUAAAAUUUUCUACUAUUAUUAUAAUCGGCGAGGAGACGGUUCAGUAGAUAAUAAUGUACUCACCAAGGGUUCGAGAAUUUUCAAUCCUUUUAUUUUAUUAAUACCUGCAUUAUGUGAUAUGUUUGCAACGUCUAUAAUGUACAUUGGCCUGAACAUGACUUAUGCAAGUAGUUUUCAGAUGUUGCGUGGAUCAGUAAUUGUUUUUACAGGAUUGCUAUCUAUUGGAUUUCUUAAUAGAAAAUUGGGAGUAAGAGAAUGGACAGGCAUCGGUUUUGUUAUAAUAGGUUUAGCAUUUGUUGGUGUGAGCGACAUAUUAACUAUGGAAAAUAGUGAUAUCAGUAUAAAUUCCGUAAUCACUGGAGACUUGCUUAUAAUAUUUGCCCAGGUAAUAACAGCUGUUCAAAUGGUUGUCGAGGAGAAGUAUAUGGGACAGCAAGAUAUUCCUGCGUUACAAGCAAUUGGAUGGGAGGGUAUCUUUGGAUUUAUUGGUAUUUCUAUCAUUAUGAUCCCAUUCAAUUACAUUACUGCACCACCACCUUUUGCGGAUAAUUCACGUGGUACACUUGAAGCUACUGAAGAAGCUUUCAUUCAAAUAGGAAGCAAUAACAAAUUAUUGAUAGCUGUUAUCGGUAUAGCAUUUAGUAUUGCUUUUUUUAAUUUUGCUGGUAUUAGCGUUACUAAGGAAAUGAGUGCUACGACGAGAAUGAUCUUAGACAGUGUUCGUACAAUUGUGAUAUGGAUCUUUUCUUUAACAUUUCGAUGGCAAGCUUUCCAUUAUAUGCAGAUUGCAGGAGAAUGUAUAAUAUUUGCCGGGACCGAAAGUGAUAAACUAUAAUAUUCUGAUAAGAUUCUGUAUUAUAUGUAUAAUAAAAGAAACAAAAACGUACAUGUACUCACAAGUCCAAAUUAAUGACUAAGAGUGAGAAUAAUGAGUGCUUGCACACGAAGGGCGGGAAGCGAGCGAGAGAUGCGGAGAGCGCUACAAAAUAUUAACUUAAGACUAGUAACUUUCAAUGCUUGGAACUAUACGCACAGAUUAGGUUAAGUUUCUGAAUUAGUUUGCGUUCAUAAUUGCACCAAAAAAAAAAACAAACAAAAAAAGAACACGCAGAAUUUGUUAUAAUUAAUACUUGCACUAUUUAAGUGUACUUUGCUGAAAAAGGGCAAAUUAAAACCGAUUAAUUUGGAUUAAAAUCUAAUCUAUUUUAAUCUAUUGUAAUCCGUUUUAAUAGAUGUAAUCCAUUGCCUAGAUUGAAAGAUAAUACGUUUUAAUGCUGAAUGAAUUGUAAAUGUUUAUAAUACAUUAUACAACGAUUAGUUUUAAUUUGAAAUAAUUCUUUUCGAAUACAUAUUUUUGUUAAUUUAGAUGAAUCCGAAUAAGUAGCUGAAUAAGAAUCCGUUUGAAUCUGUGGCAGUUUCUAAUCAUAUUUAAUUACCAAAAUACGGAUCAAAUAUAAUCAGUAUAAAUGCUGUUGAAUAUAUUUACGAUUUAAUCCAUUGUAAUAAAAGGGAAAAAAUUAUUUAUUAAUACAAUGUAAUUAGCAAUAAGGGAAUGUAAAGAAAUUUAUUUUAAUUUUUAUUAUACGAACCAAAUACAUUAAAGAAUUACAUAUUAAUGAGUACAUACAAUUUAAUUAGCAUUUUAUAAAUAAACUUGUUUGUUCUUGGAAAAAAACAUAAAG